AGGAGAGGAGAGGAGAGGAGCCAAACCAGAGCCGCCAACCUUUCACACGGCUCCUCCAUUCAAAUGAAAAUCACAUGGUUUAUAAACCGCUCGGGUCUACUCUCUCUCUUUUCCAACCUCGAUUUCCUCUCUCGCUCUCUCUCAGAGCGCACACUUCUCCACAUCCAUUUCCAGCUACAAAAUGCAGCUCAAGACCCUAGCUCCCCCGUCCCACACUCCAGUCCGAAGCCCCACUAUCCGACAACUCUGUCGCCCUUCAACCUUCUUCAACAACCAGUUAUUAUCUAGGCGAGUCCCCAACUCUAUCACUCUGCCGAGUAUUUGUUUCUCUCCGGUAAAGAAUCGUCGCAAUCGGACACUAAUCGCUUGCAUUAGUAGUCAUAGCCAUGAACUUCUCGAAGAUAAGUUUGAAGGAACUAGCGAAGACGAUGGCAAUGUUCCUACGGUUUCGUCAAGCUCAACCGAAGAAGUAGUGGCGGAGGUCGUGGCGUCGAAGCGGCAGGAGUUGGCGAGUCAGAGCAUAUGGAACCAAAUGAAGGAGAUCGUGACGUUUUCUGGGCCCGCCACGGGGCUCUGGAUCUGUGGCCCGUUGAUGAGUCUCAUCUCCACGGCUGUGAUCGGUCGGGGAAGCUCGACGGAGCUUGCUGCUUUAGGUCCUGGAACGGUCUUUUGUGAUAAUAUGAAUCUCUUGUUCAUGUUCCUUUCAAUUGCCACCUCAAAUAUGGUUGCCACUUCGCUUGCCAAACGGGAUAAAGACGGAGUGCAGCAUCAAAUAUCUAUCUUGCUCUUUGUAGGGCUGACUUGUGGGACUUUGAUGCUUUUGUUUACGCAGUUCCUGGGUCCAUGGGCACUGACUGCUUUUGCUGGGCCAAAGAAUGUGCAUAUGGUACCAGUUGCAAGUAAAUAUGUCCAGAUUCGAGGCUUAGCAUGGCCUGCAGUUCUUUUUGGGUUGGUUGCUCAAAGUGCAAGUCUUGGCAUGAAAGAUUCCUUGGGACCCCUUAAAGCUUUGGUGGUAGCUAGUGCUGUUAAUGGAAUUGGUCAUGUAGUCCUGUGCAGUAUGUUACACUAUGGUAUCACUGGCGCAGCUUGGGCAACAAUGGCAUCACAGCUUGUUGCAGCAUAUAUGAUGAUUGAAACUCUGAACAAGAAGGGAUAUAGUGCUUUCGCUAUCUCUGUUCCAUCACCCAAUGAAUUUCUGCAGAUAUUUGCAAUUGCCGCUCCAGUGUUUAUAACAAUGUUCUCAAAGGUGGCUUUCUAUUCUCUCAUGACAUAUUUCGCUACAGCUAUGGGCACAAGUACAGUGGCGGCUCAUCAGGUCAUGAUUCAAACGUAUGGUAUGUGUGUGGUGUGGGGUGAGCCUCUCUCUCAAACUGCACAAUCAUUCAUGCCAGAGUUACUGAAUGGAGCUGACCGAAGUCUGGAGAAGGCUCGAAUGCUGCUAAAGUCACUGGUGAUAAUUGGAGCUAUACUUGGAUUAACAAUAGGGAAUAUUGGAAUGUCUGUUCCUUGGUUGCUUCCCCAAAUGUUUACAACUGAUCUUAAUGUCAUACAAGAGAUGCACAAAGUAUUGAUUCUGUUCUUUCUUUCAUUGGCUAUAACACCCUGUACUCAUAGCCUGGAGGGGACAUUGCUGGCUGGACGGGAUCUCAAAUUUAUUAGCUUAUCAAUGAGCGGAUGCUUUUCUUUGGGUGCUCUUCUCCUUCUGCUUGUAAGAGGAUCCGGCUUGACAGGUUGCUGGCUUGCACUCGUCGGAUUUCAAUGGGCCCGGUUUUUCCUUGCUCUCCGGCGUCUUCUUUCUCCUAAUGGCAUGCUGUCCUCCGAAGAUAUGAGCCAGUACAGACUGGGGAAGCUUAAAGCUGCUUAGUUUUGGAAUCCAUAUCAUGAUACAACGACAAGAAGUUGCCAAGGAUGUGAAGUCCAAUAUUCUUGCCUACGUCUUACGAGCUGCAUUCUACCAUCCAUAUUGGCAUAGCCAUUUUGAGCUCGCUGCUGUAGUUAGGUUUGUAUUCAUUCUUCGAUGCCGUUAAGAGGCCAAGGGGCUAGAUAAUCUCUAGCGUUAGAGCGGAAGGUAUUAGAUGGUAUUUGUUUCUCUUGUAAUUGUUUGUUUCAAUAUUCAUGAGAAAGUUUUCCCCAAGAGCGGAAAUUUAAUGAUAAAUAAUUCAUUGCUAUAUGCCAAUUAUGAUAAA